AUGGCACCAUCUACGAAGGAUGAAGUAGGUAGUUCGAAGUCGUCGGAUGAUACGGAUACGGACCUCAACAAGACCGUCGACGAUACCUACACGCACAUACAAGCCACUCGCGUACAAGUUGAGCAGGCACAAGGCGGCAAGGAUCACAGGAUCUUGAACCGCGCCGGCAACUGGAUCGACGCAGCUAAGGGAAAGAUGGCCAUCGCUAACGAUGUGGAAGCGAUCGUCGAGCCAGCACUCCACUCUGAUGCUCUGAGAAAGAUUCAAGAGGGUAUCGCAACGUUCGCCGAGAGUCUUCCUGGCGUCCUCAAGGCUCUCGAUGAGGUGGCGAAUAUUCACCCGUUCAUCAAGGUCGCCGUGGGCGCUUUCCGCGUCGUCGUCGAGCUCGACGUGAAACGACGAGACAACGACAAGAAGAUCACUGUCCUUUUUGUCGAGAUGAGAAACAUGAUGGAGGCCCUCAUACAGUUACGCAGUGUCAAGGACAAGGACACACCGGGGCCUGACGGCACUACUAUCAAGGCGCGCCUUCAAGCUCUCGUAGGGCGGACCGCGGAAGACAUCAAAGAUUGUGCGAACACUUGCGACACGUACGCGAAGAAGAAACUUAUAGUGAAGGUCCUCAAAAGCUCCUCAUGGGACGAGAAGUUCAAGGCUUUCCUGACGCUGUUUGGAGACCGCCGGAAGGAGUUCGUGCUGGCGCUCGUGAUCCAUACGGGCAAGGCAGUCGAAGAUGUCCAUCGCGAGCUAAUCGGAAUGGACGAGAAGCUGACCACCAUCAUCACACACCUCUCAACUCUCGUUCCUCCAGAGCAGGAGCGGCUGCGCGACGCCGUAGACGGCCGCGGUGGCCCGGAAGCGGUACUCAAAGACGAUCGCGCUCUCGCGAGUCUCGUGAGAUACAAGCCGUCAACAGCUGGGAGUACAGCUGUGAAACACGCCGACCCUAGCCAUCCAGAGAGGGAGAAGACCGGGGAAGACGACCUCGCGCUCAUCAAAGCGGAGCUCUUCGACAGCACGGACGUGGCUGUGCAGAAGAACAUGGAGACGUUUGCGCGCAAGUUUGCCGUGGAGUGGAAGCGGCAGAUCGAUGCCAUGCAAAACAUCGUUCAGCACGAAAGCGACCGCGUCAUUGACAGCGUCUUGUCGGGACCGCACGAGAGGAUCAAGGAUCGAGUUAUCUAUGAGAUUUGGAAAGAUAUGCGGUGGCGCGGACAUGUGAAGGCUCGCCAUUUCGUUCUUGCUCUUCGUGACCACUACCUGGAACAAGCCGAAAGGCGAGGUGCAAGGGGCGAAGAUCGUGCGGACCUGUGGGCGCUCGAGCACAUCGAUGUUAACAACGUCUCCGCUAUCGCAGAAGCAUGCGAUGACGACGCAUCGGGUUUUAUCACAAUCAGCGAGGUCAACACGUUCACCACUUCGCGUCCCCGUCAUUGGAGUCUGCUGAAGUGGCUUGCGUGGUGGAGUGCAGGUUGGCACUUGUCACUUGCAGAAUAUGUGGACAAGAUCGACGACGUGUUCGAAGAGAUGUUCGCACUCCUUCCGCGGCUACGCGCGGAGAACCACGCCCUAGCAUUUAGAUACUUGGACAUGGUCUGGGACAACGUCGCGCAGCUGACGUGGUCACUCGACGAAAUCGACGACAACGAUGAACUCCCAUCUCGGUUUUCGGGUUACGUCGAAGCAGAGGAGAAACGCCUGGACGAGAAUCUACGGACGUUCUGCUACAAGAUCGACGCCCGGGAUACACUGUCCCUUAUCACUGGUCCUGUGCGGAUCGAAACGGUGCUCUUCCCUCUUUUAUAUGUCUUGAUCCGACGUCACCUGCAAAUAUUCCGCCUGUGCCAGAGCGAAGUCGUCAUCCAUCACGCAGAGUUGGAAGACUGCGCAGAUAGCAUCAUGUGCAUUCUAGACGCCGUCGACGAGCGAGGCUACUUUCUAGAACGGAUCUUCAAGCAGCGGGGUCUCAGUCCGAAGCGACAGUUCGAUAAUUUUGCUUGCGGUCUGUUCGACUACUGGUUCAACGACAAGGAGAAAUGGACCAUCAAGAACCUGAUGAUUGACGAUCUCGAAUAUCCUAUCAAAAGUUUCAUUCCUACCAACGUAGUUCUACCCGAUCCCAAGGACAUCCUCUUCUACCCGACUGCAUCAGAACCCCCCGCCAUUCACGAGCAGGAAUCUUUGACCGAAACCGAUCUGGCGGUUACUGGAUCUUUGAAAGACAUACUAGGCCGAUGGUAUGGGUUCUUUGAGGAUGCCGAUUGGGCCUAUCCGGCUGCCCCUGGGAUGUUCACGUUCUUCCUCCAUGCUGCGGAUGAGGAAAGCUUGUACAGCAACACCGUAACCCUGGACGGCGAGUCAUGCGCGAUUGCGGGGCGGAUCAGCGCGACCGACGGCGGAUCUACUACCUUUGCAUCCACGUGGACAUUUGGCUCCCUUGAUACGUGGACUCUUGCAGGCGUAUUCACCUCGGACAAACAGUCUAUCGCGGGAAGAUGGUGCGAUUCUCCGGACGAUGAUAUCACUUUCGGACCCAGUUUCCGCCUCACACGCCUCGCCCCUGAGAUACUCGUCGCACGCCCGCCGCCUGCCCACUUCGAGAUGGACCGAGUUGACGCCCUAUGGUGCUUUCUGCGGGCGUACGUCCACCAGAGAUUCCGGACGCGCUUUUCCUGGAAGUAUAUCAAGGAAUACGUGUCCCGCCGCAAGCGAUACGUUGAUCUCCUGGUGGAGGAGAAGGAGAGGGAGGACUCCGAGGAGGAUUCAGACUCGGACUUCGGCUCGGAACCCGUCACGUACGAGAAGACGAUAGAAGCGGAGGAUUUGGCGGAGCUCAGGGGCACGUUCACCUACGAACAAGCGUCGCUUUGCUAUCACAUACUGGACCUGAGAAUGCGGGCGGCAUCGUCUAGUAUCUACGAGUGCGACGUCUGUGGAGACGAGAUUAAUGGCAUCCGCUACACCUGCAUCUUGUGCUCGCUCGCGCUGGACGAGUCGGUGGACUUCUGCAACAAGUCUGAGUGCAGAGCAACUGCGACGGAGAUUGACGACACGAUCCAUCUCCCCACGCACGAGGUGAUCAAGCUCCGUCGUCCGACUCUUCUCUACCACGACCUUCCCCAUCUGUUCCGCCUCGCAAAGGACACUUUAAAGUACGCUCAAAACAUCUUCAGAAAGUCUGCUGCGAACAUGCCCAGAGUCGAGACAAAACGCUCGAGGCUGGAGGACGGCCAUGUCGAAGGCGAUCGUCACAUACCAGUCCGGAGACGCCCCACAGCAAAGGACUUGGACGCCGAUGCCCUUCCCAAGGCGGAUUCGUCUGGAUCUUGGACGGACACUGACGCCGGGGACGACGCCUCGCGCACCUCAUCGCGGAGCUUCGGAUCGAAGAGAAUACGCUCGCGCCGGAAGAGACUCGCACCAGUCCCAUCCUGUGCAUCCUGUCAGAGGGAGGUCCGUUGGCCCUGCUUGGUGUGUGUCGAAUGCGAGGAUACCGAGCCCGUCUUCAUCUGCGAGGACUGCGACGCGAAGCCCGAUGGAGUGUCCGCGGGCAGCCACCUACCCACUCAUACGCUGGUGCGAUGCACGCCGCCCUCAUUCUCAGGGAUGAGCGGGGCGCCAGGCGUGGUGGAGAAGCGGCUGCGCGCUUUGCUCGACGCCCAAGCCGCAGCACAGUCGAAGCAGGUCGCCGCGCUUAACGAGAGGAUGUCGAGGAUAGAGGGACUGCUGCAAGCGUUAACAGGGAUGCGGGAAGACGUAAAGGUGGAGGACACCGAGCCCGAUGCGGGGGGUGGGGAGCCAUCGGAUCCGAUGGCUUCCCCGACAAGUACGGAGGUGGAGUAGCACUGCAAGGGCCAAGUGAAUUGAACACGGAAGGUAUUGGCGCCAUGGAAUUUAUACAGAGAAUUUGAAGAGGC